CUUUUAGAGCUGAAAAAGCACAACAAAAAAAAUGCUUAUGCUCUGAGCCUUAUUAUUUUUACAUAGUAAUAGUAGGCUAAAGGCACGAAAAUAUCAUUAGCUUGGUAACAUGCAAUAUGUAUGUCCCUCUCUAAGCCGUUUGCGGUUCUGUUAUUACACAUGAAAUUCGACCCACAUGCCAAUUUGGCCUCUUUCUGUCUCUCUGUAGAAAUAUAGCCAUUUUCCCCCACUUAUUCUCUGUAAUGCAUUUCAAUGCAACGAAAGGCAACACAAUGUAUCAAUGUAGUUUAAUGUGAUGUAGAGAAGAAGAAAUAUUAAAGCCUUGUUUUUGGCUAUAGGAAAUUAUCCUCAAAAUCCUUGUUUUGGGUGUGUAGAGGAAAGUACCCAAAAAUCUGAAGUCCUUGUUUGGUUGUAGAGAAAAAUUUUCUAAAUAUCCCUGCUUUGUGUGCUGAUUAUUCUGGGUUGGGUGGAGUUGUUUGGGUUUGGUGAUUUUUAAGGGUGUUUCUCAUCGAUCGGGGUCGAGAUAUUCGUUUGCAUAAGGGGAAGGAUAGUUUGAUUAAGAAAUUGGUUGUUUGCAUUAAGGGGAAAGAUGGUUUGAGAAAGAAAUUGAUUGAGACUAAUAUUUUUGUUUGUGGGUGAAUGCGAUAGGGGUUUAUGUUUCAGGUCAAGGUUUGUUAUUGUUGUUGGUACUGGUAUUGAGAUGAGAUGAAUAAGGAGGAAGAUGAGGAGGCAGUGGUAGAUAUGGAAGGCCAUGUUGUUUGUAACGAGUUCUCUAUAUAAGGACCUUGAAUUUGCCAUCUAAUUAAUGAUGGGUCACCAGGUGUGACCCAAAUUUUUAAUGGAAGGAACACCUGUGAUUGAUUUUUUUUUGGGGGGAUGGGGGUGGGGUUGGAUGGGUUUAGGAUGAGGAGGUUUUAAGGAGCGCAGGUUUGAGAAUGGGGAGGUUUUAAGGAGCAUAUAAUUAUAAACAAUCUUUUUGUGUUCAUUGACAAAGGGGCUUUUAGGAGUAGUACUAUAUUGAGGGCAAGGGGGUUUUAAGGAUCGCAGUGACAUAUGAUUGUGAGGGGCACUGCGUCUUGAGGAGCACCAGUUAGGUAGCAUUUGGAUCGUUGGAAGUAGCACCAGUGGGGAGUAGUUCAUCGAAUUAAGGAUUGGGAGAUUUUGGGGAGUACCAGAUUGAAGAAGACAAUGUUUUAAGGAGCAGCUUGGUUUAUGUGAUUGUAAAUAUCACCAACGACAUUGGGUUUGUUUGAUUGAACAGAGAAGGUUUUAUAGAGCACCAAAUUGAGGAUGAGUGGGUUUUAAAGAGCGUAACUGCCGAUACGAUCUCAUGAUUGUAAGAAGCAUCAGUGGUGUUACAGUUGUAAGGAGCAUCACUGGAGUUAUCUUUGUUUGAUUGCUUUUGAUCGUCACCAGAGAUGCAGCAGUAAUAUUGCGUUUGUGUAAUUGGUUUUGUUUAUUGACGAUAAGCAGAUUUUAAGCAGCACCAGCGCCAUUGAUUUUGAAAGCACCUGUUGCAUUGUGUUUGUUUGAUUGCUUUUAUUUAUUGAGGAUGAGAAGGUUUUAAGGAGCACCGGUGAUAUUGCACUUGUCUGAUUGUUUUGGUUUAUUGAAGAUGAGGAGGAUAUAAGGGGGAGAGGAGGUUUUUCAAUGGCAGCCCCGCCGGGCCUCCUUAACAAUAAUGAAGAGGAUUUAUCAGCAAAGGCUCUGCAGAAAAGAUACGAGGGUCUAGUGACAGUAAGAAGCAAGGCAAUAAAGGGAAAAGGGGCAUGGUAUUGGGUACACUUAGAGCCCAUUCUAGUGCAAAAUCAGGAAACAGGUGCAGCAAAAGCAGUAAAAUUGAGAUGCGGUCUGUGCAGUGCAUUGUUCUCUGCAUCAAACCCUUCGAGGACAGCAUCUGAACAUCUAAAGCGAGGAACAUGCCCGAACUUUAAUGGCUCAAUACCCCGCCCAAUACAAGCCCCCUCUUCAAAGACACCCAUCAGUAUGAUCAACCCUGCAAGCACUUCAACUUCAUCGCAGCAGCAGCAAAACAGGAAGAGAACCCUAACCCAGUCUCAGGCCUUAACUCCAUUGCCAUUAACCAUGAUUGGUGCAGAACUUGUUAGCCCACCUGCCCCUUUGAUGUUAUCAGGUGGAAAGGAGGACCUUGGUGCUCUGGCAAUGCUGGAGGACAGUGUGAAGAAGCUCAAGUCACCAGGUGGAAAGGGUUGCUCACCUAGUCAGGCCUUAAGCAAGGUUCAGAUUGAUUCAGCCCUUAAUCUGCUAGCGGAGUGGCUCUAUGAGUCCUGCGGAACCGUAUCUUUAUCUUGUGUGGAGCACCCCAAGUUCAAGGCUUUUCUCAGUCAGGUAGGCCUCCCACCCAUUAGUAGAAAAUAUAUAGCCGGCUCUAAAUUGGAUGCAAAAUAUGAGGAAGUAAGAAAUGAGUCUGAUGCAAAACUCAGGGAUGCCAUGUUCUUCCAGCUAGCAUCGGAUGGUUGGAAGAGAAAGAGCAAUACCUGCAACACCUUUUCCCCGUCAUCAUCAUCAUCCACAUCAGCAGGUGAAAGCUUGGUGAAUUUGACUCUAAAUUUGCCCAAUGGAACCAGCCUGUUCAGAAAGGCAGUUUUUACUAAUGGUGGGGUGGUAGGGGCAAAGUAUGUAGAGGAAACAUUGUGGGAAACCAUAACAGGGAUAUGUGGGACUGUAGUAGAGAGAUGUGUAGGUAUAGUUGCAGACACCGAUAGGUUGAAGUCAAAGGCGCUUAGUGAUUUGGAGGAUCAAAACCGGUGGAUGGUGAAUCUUCCAUGCCAAUUUCAAGGUUUCAGUAGCUUGCUCAAGGAUUUCCACAAGCAUUUGGGCUUGUUUCGGUCUGUUGCCAUGGAUUGCUGGAAGCUGGCGACCUUUUUCAAUGGCAAGAAUUCUGCUCGGAGUUACUUUCAGAAGUAUCAGAUGCAAGAAAUGGAUCAUGUGAGUCAAAUAAGAGUCCCUCCUGAUCCUCCUUUGGCUAGUGGCAACUAUAUGUAUGUCUAUGCGAUGAUUGAAGACAUUGCAAACUCAGCCCGUGCUCUGCAGCUCACGGUGUUGGAUGAUGCAUAUAAGGUCAUAUAUGCUGAGGAUCCGCAUGGAAGAGAAGCUGCAGAUAUGAUCCGGGACAUGAGGUUUUGGAAUGAUUUAGAUGCAGUGUUGUCACUAGUAAAGCUUGUGAAGAUGAUGGUACAGGAGAUUGAGACGGAGAGGCCUUUGGUGGGACAAUGCUUACCGCUUUGGGAGGAUCUGAGGACCAAAGUGAAGGAUUGGUGUGCGAAGUAUAACGUAGAAGAAGGGCCUGUGGAAGAGGUCAUUGAGAAGAGGUUUGCCAAGAAUUACCAUCCCGCGUGGUCAGCAGCUUUUAUUCUUGAUCCUCUAUAUCUCCUCAGGGACAACAGUGGGAAAUACUUGCCCCCAUUCAAAUUCCUGACUCAAGAACAAGAAAAGGAUGUGGAUAGGCUUAUCACUCGUUUGGUGUCCAGAGAGGAAGCACACAUUGCCCUAAUGGAGCUCAUGAAGUGGCGUGCUGAAGGCCUGGACCCUUUGUAUGCUCAAGCAGUUCAGGUAAAACAACGGGACCCUAUAACAGGUAAGAUGAAAAUUGCCAAUCCCCAGAGCAGUAGGCUUGUGUGGGAGACGUGCCUGAGUGAAUUCAAAGCCCUUGGCAAAGUAGCUGUCCGAUUGAUAUUUCUUCAUGCAACUUCUUGUGGUCUAAAAUGUAAUUGGUCAUUCAUGAGGUGGGUAUACACUCAUGGGCAUUCAAGGGCAGCUAUGGAUAGAGUCCAGAAGAUGAUAUUCAUUGCCUCACAUGCAAGGCUGGAGCGGAGGGACUUUGUUAAUGAAGAAGAGAAAGAUGCAGAGCUUUUUGCAAACGGGAUGGCGAACUACGGUCAAAUAUUUAACAUUUUGAUAAUUUACCAGGUUGAAGCCAGGAGAUGGGUUCUGAGUCUCCUAACCAUGGUUACCAUGUCCCAAAACCUGUUUUCAAACGAGAGGGAACAAAAUAUGAAAAACCUGGUUUCCAAAAACGACUCAGAAGAUCUUCAGAAAAAAGAGUAUCCACACACACAUAAAAGUAAUAUAAUAUAAACUCGUGGAAUAUUCUUAUUGCUUGGCCGAGCACAUCAAGGUGGCUGUGAUUUGGAUUUGUAGAGAAGCAGAAAAUUAAUUUUGUAAACAAUAAAAAACUAUAGAAAAGCCGGUGGAUCAGAUCAGAUUCGUUUGGUACAUCUCAGAAUUCUGUAUCCAACAGGAUUUGAUAACCAUGCUACCAAAAGUGCAAAUGUUAAUGAAAAUGGCCAAAGACUUUUCCAAGGUGGCAGCUUGCCUCGUUUGCAAAUUUAAGAAAUACAUGUUUGUCAUAUGUUUCUUUUUCAAACUUUACCGCUCUGUUGAUCACAAACUGUUUUUAAAUUGUUUUUGCUGCCACGGAACAUUGUAAAUUUCUAUAAAGUUCCUCCUGCACUUUAUCUGGAAAGUGCAAACUUUUAAAUUGUAGUGGAAUUGCAGCUUUUGCCAAUCAUUUCAGACGAGGAAGUAAUGCCACCCAAUAUAGAUAAAUCUAUAAACUCUUGUUACUCCGAGAUGAAGAUCCUAUUCCUUUGUGCCACAUGUUAGCUCUAUAUUUGUACAUUGUACAUACUCCAUUGUACUGAUUCGACUUUAACAAGCAUUCAAAUGUAUUGUGACCACUUUUAGCUGAUCAUGUAUAUAAAUGAAAACCAUAUUUACACCAUUGAA